AUGCCAUUACUUGCAGCAAAACCUUGCUUCAGAGGCAUGCAGAAUCCGAAAUCUACAAAAGGGCAAAAUCGAAAUCUUGGUCAUCAGGUCAAAAACAAGAAAAUCUCAUUCAAUGUAUUCGUCGGCAAGAGGGGAAUAGCUUGUACAAGGAAAUGGUCGAAAGCCGGGUAUGUGCCGUCCUUGCAGAACACAAUCAUUAAUGGACUUUUGUUGAAGUCAACAGCACCUGUUAAUACCAGCGAAGUUGAGGUACUAAAAAAAUAUUCACUUGUCAACUACCCGUUGCACCAAUAUUUUGAGGCAAGGCCUUGGACUGUAUUUUUCCCAGGACCUUGUACAGAAGCUACGUGAAACCUACUUCAGCAUAAGUCCCGAUGAAAUGACCGACGUAACCACAGAAAAGCAGUUGGGGAUCUGUGUGGUUUACUUUGACCAACAAAGAGUGCAGCCAGUAUCAAGGUUCUUCGACAUGGUGGAAGUAGAACAAGCAACCGCUGCUGGCCUCUAUGGCGUGAUUAAAAGUUUGUUCGAAGAAAAGAAAAUCCCAAUCACGAACAUUGUUGGAUAUUCUUCGGACAAUACAAAUGUCAUGUUUGGUGAGAACCAAAGUGUUGUCGCACUGCUGAAGAAAGAUGCUCCAUAUGUCUUUGCCAUGAAAUGUAGCUGUCACAUGAUCCAUAUGUGUGCAUCUUAUGCUUGCCUGAAAAUGUCAAUGACGUUGGAAGACUUGUGUAGGAAUAUUUAUUCUUACUUUAGCAGAUCGAGCCUGAGACAGAAAGAAUUUCAAGAGUUCCAAGAAUUUGUCAAGGCUGAGCCACACAAGCUUCUGGGAAUCGGUCAAACCAGAUGGUUAUCUUUGGAAGCGUGUGUGAGAAGGGUACUCGAGCAAUGGGACGCUCUCCGCCUUUUUUUCACAUCUGUAGUAAAUGAAACGAAAGACCCUUCCUACACCACCGAAUCAAUCCUAAAAGGUCUCUCCAACAAGUACAGUUAG